GAUUGUUUCAUUUGAGCAGUCAACCUUCUAAUGCAUAACAGUAAUUUAAAUCUCUAUCAUUUCAAAUAUCUAAGAAGCGUGACCUCACUUCAUCAACAGAUUCUCCCUUUGUCCUUCCAGAAAAUUUUGCAUACUAAAUACUAGCACAUUAGAAGUAAAAUAUUUUCAGUCUGAAAGCUACUUAGAUUCCAUGCUUUAUGACAGAUAUUAGACAACAAAAAAACGGAGACAGAAGAUAAAUUUGAUAGAGUUCCCUGGAUGCACUAAAUCUAAAGAGAACUCUGAGUUGGUAUUAAAUAUAAACAUCACUGAUCGUUUAAGUGGGUAUAAGGCAUUGCCUGAAUGAGUCAAGUGUACAGCGCUAGAAGCGAAUACAGGGUUUAAUGCUUCAUCUUCUCCAUUUUACCAGAGUCCAAAAUUUUAAAAGAUAUGGAGUUUGUAUUGUUGCUCUCAAGGAGGUUCAAAGAGCGGCUGUAAGCCCUUCGGGCACAGCAUCGUUUUGUUCUCUUUACAGCAGAAGCGCAGCUAGGUUCUGCUCAGCGGCUGGGACCAACACAGUGCACAGCGGUGUGGGCAGUGGAAGCAGCCUCUGGCAGGUUUUACAAUCUCUCCAUCGCUCCCCGAGCCUUUCCCGCAGCCGUGCCCGCCCUCGGGCUGGGCUCUGCCUGAGGCGCGGCCCCGCGCUGCCGCAAAGCGCGCCAGGCGGGGCGGAGGCGGCCGCGCUCUCUGUCGCGCUGCCGGAAGUGGUGGCGUUGUGCUUUGCGGCUCGGCGCCCCUGAUCCGAGGCCAGGAAGCCCCGUGCGGCCUUUUCGCGGAGCCGCCGCCGCCGUCAGGAACAGCCAUGCCGGCAAAGGGGCCCCUGCAGAGUGUCCAGGUCUUCGGACGGAAGAAAACUGCAACGGCUGUUGCCCACUGCAAGAGAGGGAAUGGCCUCAUUAAAGUUAAUGGAAGACCUCUGGAAAUGAUUGAGCCCAGAACUCUGCAGUAUAAACUGCUUGAACCUGUCCUCCUCCUGGGGAAGGAACGGUUUGCUGGUGUUGAUAUCAGAGUCCGUGUGAAGGGUGGUGGUCACGUAGCACAAAUCUAUGCUAUCCGUCAAGCUAUUUCCAAAGCUUUGGUGGCUUACUAUCAAAAAUAUGUUGAUGAAGCUUCCAAGAAAGAGAUCAAGGAUAUCCUAAUCCAGUAUGAUAGGACUCUGCUUGUUGCAGAUCCUCGCCGUUGUGAAUCCAAGAAAUUUGGAGGACCUGGUGCUCGUGCACGCUACCAGAAGUCUUACCGUUAAAAUUUGUCUGUAGUCAUGUGGCAGUCAAUAAACAGAAUUUGAUAAUUUUCA